AUGAGCGAAAAAAUCUGUGAAGAUUCAACUCCAAUUUCUAAGUCUAAAAUGUGUAAUGGCUGUCAUACCACAAAAAAGAUAACCGAUUUCAUCUGUAAAAAUGAAGAAUAUGAUACCUGCAAUAGAUGCUCUAAGAGGCAUAAGAAUAAUAAACAAAAAAUAAAUCUAGAUCCAAUUUCAGUAAAAAAAGCGAAACUGUUGAAAACCAGUUUUCGCACUGAGGCCACAAGUAACAUUUCAAGCACUAAUUUUGAUGAUAACAAUCUUGAAGAUUCUAAGCCGUUCUGGGUGGAAGAAAAUGCAUCUCAGGUGAGUAAUGAAAAUAACCGCUAUGACAAUGAUAACGAUGGAUUUAUAUAUAGUAUUGAUGAAAUAGAAGAGCAGAUUAGUGCAAUAUUUCAAAAUUUAGAAAAUGAUAAUGAACCUGUAAAAUUCACAUUUGAAAUCGAACUGAAUACACAACUUGCAGAAUACGUUACCUGCGAUCUCGAAUCAGAAUUACUUAAUUUAGAAGAAGAGAUACACAAAGUAUAUCUAAAUCACAGUAAGGAAACAUUUACUGGAUGUGCAACAGUUUAUCUUAGUUGUACACAACGAGAAGAUCGUCAAUGGCAGAGGCCCGAAGAUCAGCCACAUAUCUUAGUCCAAGGAAAGCACUUAGUACAGCACCCGAAUCCAAACUAUAGAAAAAUUCAAUUUCCUGCAAAAGCAAGAGAGUGGAUUAAAACAAAUAUUAAAUAUAAUUUGCGAAAUCCUGAAAUAUAUAAAUGCCUUUGUGACGAAGGGCAAAUUGACCCUCAGGUUCACACUAAGGAGCAGGCAUAUCUUGAACAACCAAAGUUCAUAGCAAAAGGAUACAAAAUAAUUUACUAUCUAGAAAAUAACUUUAUAAGAGCUCUUGGGUUUAUAACACCAUUGCUCAAUCAUAUUGGCAUUGUAAAUAUAAAUGAAAUUGUUGUAGAUUCAAUGUUCAAAACAAACCAAGAGCGUUUUGAACUCUUUAUUAUAACCCGUAGACAUGAUAGUCCUUUAAUUGUUUUUGAAAAAAACAAAGUAAUAACAGUUAAUCCAAUAAACAACCCUUGGACUAGAUAUAAGAUGACUGCAAUAAAUAAUUCUACUAAUGAAGAAUGUCAUAAUAUUAUUCAUCUCAAAAAUGUAUCAGUAACAGUAGAGCACAAUGUUAUUGAAGAAAGGCAGAAAAAUCUAUCUAAAUAUAAAAAGCCAUUAGUUAAAGAAAUUGAUGAAUGUCAAAACAUACUACAAGCUCAUAGUCAACAAAGAACUUGGAAGAAGAAUGGAAAACUUGCAUUUUGGUUAUGUUGA